GCCCAUCAGACUACACUGAUUGAGUACUUUAAAUGUAAUGUUGAGUUCUCUCUUUCUUGUUUUUGUGCAUACCCAUUAACAAGAGUUCUGUCUGUGUACUUUUCCCUCCUUGUAGUUCAUUGCAUGUUUAAUAAUGAAAAUACCUACCAAAGGAGAACAUGGAUGUGGUUUAUUUCUGUGCACCUUCCCAAUUACACCAUAGAUCUGUGUAUAAUGACGAGAUGCUCAUGUCUGCGCCCUAACAAUCGUUCCCACACUGUACGUCAGAUUUAGUAUUUUACGAUUAUGACAUGUCACACUGUGCAAUGUUACCAAAUCAUGAUCUUGAUAUCAACCUGUACGAUUUGUUUCAGUUUUGUCGUCAUAACCUCGCAUGUCAAUCGCAGAAUAUGUCAGCCGAUGUAAGCUAUGUCAACUGCAGCGGUGUAUGUUCCAUCAAAGCAGCGCAAGCCUCACUCUAUGCAUAUGUGCGAGUGAAGCGAGUUUGAAAAUGCUGGAAGUAUGCAUCUUAGAAAUAGUUUUCACAUGCAUACUUCAUAUGCCUGAACUCAGAAAUAAAUGGUCGCUGUGGAAGAACAUUCAUUUUGAUUUGCUGAUUUUUGUGACUUUUCAAAACCCCAUUAGGUAGCCUGAUUUUAAGAUGUCAUGUAGUAGCUUGAACAAGAUAAUUAGGGCCGUGUUCCUAUUGGUCAGUCAUCGGGAUCGGCUCAUAACACCAACCACACUAGGGCAUACACGAUAAAGGCUCAACAUUUCUGACGUUGCCAGAACUUUGUCGGCGCCUACGACCACACGUAGUAGUACUUAAUCGGCAGAUCUAGACCCUGUCACGCUGAACAAGCCAAGUCGUCCGACAACCAUUUACUACCUAAGAGUUUGGGACAGCAAAAUCGUGGCAUAAGACCGCUACAAUCGGCGGGCCUUAAGCGGGAAAUCCUUCAGGAAGAGAUUCAAAUGACCUCAAACAGUAGGCCUAACUGUGCUGCUAUUCUAAAAGAUGUUGUUGCCUACGUUGACGUGUGGUCAUCAAGUAAAACAGAGAAUUACUCUAAACCAUUCAUCCAGCAGCUGCAGGAUAUGGGAGUUGAGGUAUCAAAAACCUUCAAUAAACAAGUCACCCACGUAGUCUUUAAAAAUGGCCAUCAAGCCACCUGGAAUAAAGCCAAGAAGACUGGUGUGAAACUUGUGUCUGUCCUUUGGGUGGCCAGAUGUAAAGAUGAUGGUGAACAUGUUAAUGAAGAGUUGUGUCCGGCAUUAAAUGAUGAAGUCAAUCCAGCACUCAAGAAAAGGGUGCAUCGUUGUAUGCAGCCAAGAGACACCCCUCCGAGGACCCCUGAGAAUGACAGGCGCAUGAAAAAAAAACUGGACAAGAUGAUCAAAGACCUAGUGCCAAAAUCACCUCUUAUUACAGAUGUGUCCCCUUACAUUAUCGACGAAGAGAACGGAAUAGUUUACAGUCCUUCUAUGAAAAGGUCUGAGUCCAUGGCACAGCGCCUGAAAGAAAUGAGAGAAAAAAGGGAAAACCUUUCCCCGACAGCUUCACAGAUGCAAUCUAGGUUAUCACCUGAGCUCAAGCCUCCUCUUGGGAAUACACCAUCCCGCUCUUUUUUGCAACAACUGUAUGAAGAACCGGAUGAGGAUUUUAAUGCAUCUUUUGGCUCAAAUAAGACAGAUGGAGAGAAGCAACAUGAAGACACCAUUGAAACACAGCACAAGAAAGACUUUCAGAAACCUUGGAUGUCACCUUGCAGUGUUGUGCCAAGACAAAAGACAAGUCCGUUACCCAAUUCACCGGCUAAAGAAAAAGCAAAUAAACAAGACAAAAAUCCUAAAAGGACCUCGAUCAAAAGUGAUGGCAUCAAGAAACACAUGUCUUUAGAGAGUCCAUGCCUGGAUGACCUCCCGGAGGGUAGCAAGAGUGUGCAAUCAGUGUUUACGUUUGACAGUUUUGAAGUGGGAAAAAGUAGACGAUCAACCAGCAGAAGUAACAUGGCAAAAGUCACACCACCUGUUAGGAAAAGCAGAACACCACAGUCUCUUCCAGAAAGUAAGCCAACUGUUGAUCUGGACAUUUCUAGCAUUUCUAGUCGCCGUUCUGAUAAAAUUUUACCAGAAAACCCCAAUAUGCCUCAUCAAACGUCUGUAAAGAUGACCACACUGAAAUCAAAAGUGAGCCAACGAAGAAAAUCCUUGCUUCCUGCUUUGGAAAGAUCUUGCACUGCCUCAAAUUACUCUCAUGCCUCCUCCUGUGCAUAUGAUGAUUAUGAUGGGGUAUUUGAGGACUUCUUCUCUCAAGCUAACAACCCGCGGAGACAACAAAGUCUCCUUUUGCCCUGCAUGCCCUCAGAGUCGAAGGUUCUUGUUCCCUUUGAACUGGAGCCUCAGCCUAGCCCUGGGAAGAGGAAGAGGGGCAAGAGUGAAACCACAGGGUCUGAGUCGGCCAGUGCCAAAAAGAGAAAACAUGGGGUGCCAAGUGUAAGCAGCAUGUUGUCUCAACACGAGCACCCACACCAGGAUACAAAAGGACUUGCAUCCUCAGAGGACGAUAAUACAAAACAAACUGUGACUAAAAGAAGUGCACAAAGCACAUUGCCGUUCUCCAGAGUGCCUAAAGACUCAGCCGAUGAACUGACUUGUGCCCCUGAGAAGCAGAGCGCGUCAACAGAUCCCACACAACUUUCAAAACCAAAUUUGACAGCUGCCAAAAAAUCACUAGAUAAGCAAAACAGUUCAUAUAUCCUACCUCGGCACAAGGACAAUAAAGGGAAAAGUAGCCCACGUUUGGAAAUUGUAGGCAGAGGGACUGCAUAUGCUGCAACAGCUGGUGUUACGGACACAAUUUCUGACAAUUUAAGCAAACAGAAAGGACAAGUCAAUGUGGUGGAGAAGAGCAUGGACAAAAAUACAAAGACUCUAAGGACAUUAGUUAUGACAAGCAUGCCCACCGAAAAGCAGCACACAGUGACCCAGGUGGUCAGAGCUCUGGGUGGGUUCUCAGUGGUGGCCCAGGUGUGUGAGAGCACAACCCACGUGGUGUCAGGGGGCCACCGACGGACCCUCAACAUUCUCCUGGGCAUCGCCCGUGGCUGUUGGAUCCUCUCUUUUGAGUGGAUUUUGUGGUGUUUGGAGCAAAGACGAUGGAUUCCAGAAGAACCAUAUGAACUUUCAGAUCAGUUUCCAGCAGCAUCUAUCUGCCGUCUGCAGCAGCACCUGUCUGCAGGGGAGCACCAGCAGGACCUCUUCCUGGAUCAGCCUGCAAUGUUUGUCUCCCGGAACACCCAGCCCCCCACCCACAGCCUGGUGGAGCUCAUCCAGCUGUGUGGGGGCACAGUCUGCAAAACGGUCCGGCAGACAGGCCUCUGCAUAGGGGAGUACAACGGCAAGAGACCAGAAGGGAGCAGGAUUCUCUCCGAGCAGUGGGUGCUGGAUUGUAUCACACAUCUCAAGCAACUUCCAUAUGAGAAGUAUGACUUGGAAUGGAAGUCCCGGUAAUAUGAAGUUGGACCCAAACAUUGAGAGAACACAUAUGGAAAUCGUUCUCGCUUUUAUUCCCCUUGAAUGUGAAUUGACUUUCUACUGUUAUUGCAUUCUAUUUAAUAAAACGUUUACCUUGUCA